AUGGAAGAAUCGCUCAUGCUGGGGCACAAAAUUGAGCCUUUCCUUUUGCAGAGCUGUCAGUGUGUUAAGGGCAGCUACGAAAGAGAUGGAGAUGAUCCGAAACACCUGCUGGAAUGGAGCUGUGCCCAGAGUAACCUCAACUACAGCAACUUACUUUUGUCCAACAAGACUCUGGCUGAAAUUUCACCACUCAAGUCCACGGGGGGCCAGUUGAUGUGGGACCGCCAAACAAGCUUCCACGUCCCGGAGAGCCCUCAGAGAAGAGAAUACUCGGCUCCAAGCGAACUCAAACAUGUGCCAGAGGACAAUGUAGCGCAAUCACUUUCACAAUAG